GUCCUACUCGGCAGAUAUCAGUGCUUUUUGGUCCAUCGUUCGCAUCCUUGAGAAUGGUCAGAGGUAAGAAGACGAAGUCCUCCUCCCCUCCGCAAGGUGCCCCAGCGGUUCCACCACCUACAUCCCUCCAGCAGCCACCUGCGCCACCCACAUUACAUGCCGCUCACGCGGUACCCAAGAUGACGCAACCGCCAAGCAAAGGAUCAUCUGCGAUGAUGAUGACGCAACCAACAACAUCAUCUUCUACAACAUUAACGACGCAACCACCGGCAGCGACAUCCACAUUGCAGCCAUCAACAGCAGCGCUACCUGCGGAAACGACCGGAUCGACG